AUGACCAGUCGAGGAAUUUGUUUUGGGUCUGAGAGACCCUUUCGCGACACAUCACCACCAGACGAAGAGUUACAACACCAAAGACCACCGAGGAAAAGGCGAGCUUCUCCCAUCCCCUGGCCGUGGAGAAGAAAGUCUCCAGAGGCGAAAAUUAAACUUUCCUCUAACCUCCGUUAUCAAAGUCGCUCUCUAAGUGAUAUUUUGGGUCAAAUAUCUGAAAUUGAAGCUCAGAGAAUAAAAAACAGCGUGGUUAGUUCGACAACAAAUCUACCUUCCUCGCCACCAUUAUUUGAAUCAUUGACUAUGCCAAUAAUAAAAAAGCCGCUAAAGCCGCCUAUGCCCCAGAAUCACAUUCAUAACUUGGAUGAGGAAUUGGUUGAACCCGAUCACGCAUUGCGAGAUCUUCGUCUUCGAUAUCCACGCACAUUUACCAACCUCAUUGCUAGUUAUUUGACCUUCAUCGAAUUUCACUCCGAUGACUUGUUCCGCAUCGCUGAAGAGGUGGGCAAACAGGAGGCACAAAUGAUGGGUAGACGAAAAGGUGGAACCUUCACAGCUUCACCACGCUGCUCGCCCGGCUCUCCCAUCUCUAGAUCAGUUUUUACCCCCGUUAAAAUGAAUAGCUUUCUAGCCACUUGGAGCGCCAGCAAAGUCUCUCGAGAGGAGAUGACUCACUGGUACAAGGUGGUAAAUGUGAUGAUUAACCACUUACUUGAGGGGAAAAAAUACUGCUGUAAUUUCAUCUUUCGCCGGCCGGGUGUUCAACGACAAGUCAAUAAUCUAGAGAAACAACUAUUUUGUCAAAAAUUGUUCCGCAGUUGUGAAGACGACCCUCCAUUAACCGGUUCCGUACCACCAUCCAUCGUCCUGAUUGAAAACUGGCGUAUUUCACGCCUUCUUGCCUCCUAUAAUUCCAUCACAGUUGCCUCCACCUUGUGUCGAAUUUUGCGGCGGCAUGGCCCACUCAUUCCCUCGCGAUUGCACUACCUCUUCAGCCAGCUCUCCAGUCCACAGGACUGUGAAUUUGACAUCGGUCUCCCUGCACGUCAGUUUGAAACCGGGUCACCUGGUUAUAUCAACCGCUGUCGUGCCCUGCGUCUUCUGCUCCAACUCACGCCAUCUCGUCAUUUGAGUCUUAUCUACCGACCCCUCUCUCACCUGCUGGCACUCAUCACAAUGGAGCCCAUUUGUGAGGUGAAUGAAGACAGUAUUUGCGUUCUCUUCGCUCCCAUCUUCCUAAUGGACCGGGAGGCCUCCAAUCCGGCAGAACUGGCAAAUCCACAACUGCAGCAGGUGGUUCGCCUUUUGCUCGAAAUCGCCAAAAGUGAAAUGCCCUUUGUGGGACAAACGCAAACGAGUUGUUUCAGGGUACCACGCCUGUUUCUAAACGACUGUCGUAGCAACCUCAUGGCUCAUAAGAGAGAUGAUGACCCACCACUGCAGUGCAGUCUGCGUUACUGUACUCGAAGGCUGCCUAGAGUACCAUCAGUUACCAGCUUGCAAAAACCAUUGAUGGGGACAUUGCCAAUCUCCGGCACUACCACCCCCGUCCAACAAACAAGAAGAGGUUAUCAGCGGAAGCUGUUUGCAUCUGCUAAAAAUACACCUUCUUCUGCCCCGCUUUCUUCUGCUCCUCUAACCGAUGCGACAAAUAUCGCAGGAACGCAAACCACACCAGUUGUCCUAAAGCCCCUACAUUCAAUGUCUUUCAAGUUCCGAGUAAGGCGGAUGUCCCUCGAGCGAGGCCCGCUGAAAGCAGUUCAGCCACGAAUUUUAACACCAGUGAACCAUAGCAAAGAUUUGAAGCCCUGA